AUGAUCCUCGAAGAGGCAUACUCCAUCAACCCCAAGCCCGACAAGCAGGCGCGUCUUGAGAUCGUAAACCGCGUCUCACUUAAUGAAAAGGAAGUUCAGAUCUGGUUCCAGAACCGAAGACAAAACGAUAGGCGGAAAUCCCGUCCGCUGUCGCCGCAGGAGCUGGCGGCUCUGCGCUUCAGUGGCAUGCACAACAUCACGUCGGACCCCAUCACCUCCCGCAGCAUCGUCGUCGAGCUGGACCCAUCGGCCUUCUAUCCCUCCGACCACUCUCAGGCUCAUGUCGACCAUUCUCCUACAUCACCGCCUCAUCUUCCCACCAGCCCGAUACAUGCGCACCCUCCCCACGGUGCUGGCGAGACGAUGCACGCUACGCCCGCAUCGCGAUAUGCCUCUCAGCCUUUCUCUGCAAGUAGCCAGCCGCAUGUAACACCGCAGCGACAAAUGUUCCCAUCCUCGCAAGAGGAUGCCAAUCAUCCCUCUCAGUCCUUCUCCAGCAGCUCCGUCGGCUAUCUUGCAAACCGAUGGAACCUGGGCAACACAUACACCACACCUCUCUCUCGUGAUAACUCCUACAAGUUCGACCCCUUUUACCCUUCCUCUUGCUCGUCUAAUACAUCUGGAGCACCUCAGUCGCAUAUGCGUCUGUCCCUCUCUCUUGAAGGCAAGGCUGAGUUGGUGCCCAACAACGAAUCCUCGCCGAUCCGUGAAACUCCAUCAAGACCUUCGUCUACUCUACCGUCUCUGUCGUACCGACGGAGCCUUCAGCGUAGCCAUAGUGCACUCCCCGCUGUCACUUUGCCACCCAUCUCAGCCUUGACCAACUCACUCCCACCACACCUUGUUCGUGGCCGCUCUCGUGAUGUUCAUGCUUGGGAGCUGUGUGCCGAUUCUGAGACCCGGGAUGAGCUAACGGCUCAGGCCGAGCAUGAGUCCAGCGGCUCUGCCAUCGCCGCCAUUAGCUUGCUCCGUUCCACCAGCAGUAUCUUGCAGCCCAACACUGCUAAGCGCAAUGCAUUAUCGCUGACAAAGCUCGCGCGCUCUCGCCAAAUCAAGAAGCCUAGGCUCAAUCGCACUAGUUCCAGUGUUGCUCGUCUAGAGACUUGUUGGGUUAGUGAUGAAAAGUCACGAGAAUCCUGCCAUGCAAAGAUGAAUGUCUCCAUGCUUGUUUCCCCGUCUGACUCAGACAAGGAGAACUGGAGCCCCAGACGUGAUGGAAGCUCUGCAGAGGGCCGUCGACAGAUACCGCCCAGCAGUCCCAUCAGAUCACAGAGUGCCAGACGAAUCGGUCGAGUGCUGCAGGGUCGAAAGAGCCCAGCAUUCCUGAUGCGUUCUAACACUGUGCCGUCCGAGGCUCGUUCACCUGUCAAGACGGGGAUUCACACUUUGGCAGAUCUGGAACCCAAGUCAGAGCCUUCACGGGAUGAUGAAGUAAGCAGAUUCAUGUGUGGCGAGGUCAGCCCCAGCAAAAAGGGCGACAUGGACUGUGUCGCAGGCCUACUGUCUCUGAGCCAAGGCGCUUGGAGGUAA